AACGGCCUGCCCUAAAUUCCAGUACCCGGAUGAGACCGGUUGCCAUCCACACUCUGUCCCCGCUCAUCGUUGCCGGUGGGGCGGAUCACACUGAUCGACCAGUUGGUUUCAAAGAAGCGCCGACAGACGUGCUCCACCGCCGUGUCUUUCAGCCAGAGAUCCGAGCCUUUGAUUUGCUGCUUUAAUCUCCGCACACACGUCUAUCCGCACGAUGGGAGAGCGAGAGCACCUCGUUUAUCAGGCGAAGCUUGCUGAACAGGCAGAGCGGUAUGACGAGAUGGUGGAGUCCAUGAAGAAGGUGGCAGGCAUGGACGUGGAGCUCACAGUGGAGGAGAGGAACCUACUAUCCGUGGCCUAUAAGAAUGUGAUCGGGGCUCGGAGAGCCUCCUGGAGGAUAAUCAGCAGUAUUGAACAGAGAGAAGAAAGCAAGGGUGGGGAGGAGAAACUGAAGAUGAUCCGAGAAUACAGGCAAACGGUUGAGAAGGAACUGAAGUCUAUCUGUGGUGAUAUUCUGGAUGCACUGGAUCGGCAUCUACUCCCCUCUGCAGCCAUGGGAGAGUCAAAGGUCUUCUACAAUAAAAUGAAGGGUGACUACCACAGGUACCUGGCAGAGUUUGCCACUGGCAACCAUAGAAAGGAGGCAGCAGAGAACAGUCUGGUGGCCUACAAAACCGCUACAGAUCUGGCCAUGUCAGAACUGCCACCCACACACCCCAUCCGCCUUGGCCUCGCCCUCAACUUCUCCGUCUUCUACUACGAGAUCCUCAACUCACCUGACCGCGCCUGCAGGUUGGCGAAGGCUGCGUUUGAUGAUGCCAUUGCAGAACUGGACACGCUGAGUGAAGAAAGCUACAAGGACUCCACACUUAUCAUGCAGUUGUUACGUGACAACCUGACACUAUGGACUUCAGAUAUGCAGGGAGAGGGUGAGGAGCACAACAAAGAGGCACUGCAAGAUGUGGAGGACGAGGCCCAGUGAGACUUUCCCACCGACAGCCAACAACCUGACCCCACCCACCCACCUCCUCGUCACCUCCUCACACUCCUCACCCCUCUGUUUUGGCCCUCCCCCUCUUUUAUGAGUCUCCUCCUUAAGCCCCCUCUCUCCCCUCCAUUUCCUUUCCUCUGGAAUUCCAAGACCCAUCAGGACUGUGGAGUUAAGUUUAUUUUUCUCUUAUUUUUGUAUUAGCCCUUCUACCGUUGGAUUAUAUACCACUUAAGUGAGACGGGACGUACGAUGUUAGACAGAUGAAGACAGUGCUCCCUGGGUUGUUUGCUGUGUUUUGUCCUGGUACAAGCAGUUCUGAAGGUUAACUUUGUUUUCCAAUGUUGUAUUUUUGUUUUUGCUUUUUUUUCCCCCCCCUCAAUAUUUUUAUCAGUUGCUGGAUGUAUUGAGAUUUUUUUCUUAAUGUAAUUACAGAAAUUAACUUUUAUUACUUAUGUUGAAUAUUAGUUAUGGGAGCUAUUUUAUCUCUGAUUUUAGUGAAAUGUUGAGCAGAUAAUUUCACCUUUUUGUGGACAGUUUGGAAAACUUCAGGUACCCUUUUUAAUACCAUAGUUUUUCAGAGGAAGUUGGCAAAAUUUGUGAUAUCCACGUGGGGCAAAGAAGUGAUUAACUUUUACACUAUAGUGAUUCUUUUCUCUGGUAGUUCUUAGACUGAUCUUAGUGCUAAAAUACUGUAGAGACUCACACACUGAGUGUCUAAAGGCUGACGUCUUCAGAGCUUUAAUCAAAAUCAAACAUUUGGGAGAUGUCUCACUCUACGAAGGAGAACACAACAAAUCAUUGUGUGUGUGCAUGAAUUAACACGUUACUUCUCCCCUGCUUUUUACUAAAGCUCCUAGGUUUAGAGAGUUUCUUUACUUUGCAUUUUUCUUUGUUGCUCUUCUGGUUUUUGCUUCAUUAUGUGUAACUUGGAGCUGAUUUGUACUACUGGAUAUCUGACUGGAGCCACAGAGAAGGAAUCUGUAAUGUUCUUAAUGAAACGUGGCAUGGAAUCAACAUUAAACAAUCUGAAUUAAAGA